AUGGAGGGGCUUCUGUUCAACGUGAACAACGGCUACAUCGAGGGCAUCGUUCGUGGAUACAGGAACGGUCUACUCACAGGAUCCAACUACUCCAACCUGACACAAUGCGAGACGAUUGAUGAUCUCAAGCUUCAGCUUGGCCCUGCCUACGGCGACUUCCUAGGCAACCUCCCUCCAAACCCCUCGACUUCGGCCCUCGCAUCCAAGACGACAGAUAAGCUCGUGUCUGAGUUCCGCUAUGUGCGCGCCAAUGCUGUCGGUGCACUUGCGCAGUUCAUGGACUACGUCACCUACGGCUACAUGAUCGACAACGUUGCCCUUCUCAUUACCGGCACUCUGCACGAGCGUGAUACCCGUGAGCUGCUAGAACGCUGUCACCCCCUCGGAUGGUUCGAGACGAUGCCAGUUCUCUGCGUUGCAACCAACAUUGAGGAGCUCUACAACAGCGUUUUGAUUGAGACCCCCCUCGCUGCCUACUUCAAGGGCAGUCUGAGCCACCAGGACCUUGACGAGCUCAAUAUUGAGAUUGUUCGCAACACCUUGUACAAGAACUACCUCGAGGACUUCUAUAAUUUCGUCAACAGCCAUCCCGAGAUGAGCAACACGCCAACGUCGGAGGUCAUGUCAGAGAUCCUUGAGUUCGAAGCUGAUCGUCGUGCCAUAAACAUUACCCUCAACUCCUUCGGUACUGAGCUGUCCAAGGCUGAUCGUAAGAAGCUCUACCCCAGCUUUGGCAGACUCUAUCCCGAAGGCACCUUGAUGCUCUCGAGGGCGGAUGAUUUUGAGGGCGUGCGUCUGGCGGUGGACGGCCAGUCAGACUACAAAAGCUUCUUCGACGCCGCCGGCCUUGGCGGAGGUGCAUCAGGGCCCGGCAACAUGGGUGGCGGCGCAAGCGGCGAUGGCAAGAGCUUGGAGGACAUGUUUUACCACAAGGAGAUGCAAAUCUCCAAGAACGCAUUCACGAGGCAGUUCUCGUUUGCCAUUGUGUACGCCUGGGUGAGACUCAGGGAACAGGAAAUCCGGAACAUCACCUGGAUUGCAGAGUGUAUUGCCCAGAACCAGAAGGACCGAAUUGGCAACUACAUUAGCGUGUUCUGA